AAGUUCAAAGAGCUUACAACACCCUUGGAGAUCUGGACCAACUCUCCAGACCGUCGGGGAGUGCGCGUCAAAGCCCAGGCCCGUUUUUGGCGUGUUGACAGCAGCAACUUCCCUGGAUCCGGAUUACAUAUGCUGGGAGAGUAGACGGCGUUCGACGUCGCGGAUACGGACUCAGCUCCCGGAUGACACGGGGGCCGGGAAAUGGCGCCGUCUACAAGUACCGAGGUGCUAGGUCAUUGCCACCUUGUUUGGCCUUUCAUUGAAUCGUCAUCGCUCUUGUUUCCAGGAAUCCCGGGACAAUCUUUGUUCGGUGGUGUGAGAGGCCGGCAAUCGACGCCUAGAAGCUCGCAGCAGUUCCAGUUGGACGGACGGCGGAUCCGUGUGGGCGUUGUACGGUAUGUCCACCUAUUGCUCUGGUGGCGAUGGGGAGUUCAAACGUUCGCCUGUCCAGGCCAGGCCGGUGAUGACGGGGCCGCGGAGUUGCGCAGGUUUGGGACGAGGAGCAAGGACGAGUUUGAGAGAAAAGGCUCACGCUUAUGUACAGAUGCGGUCCUGAGACAGGCCAUACUGGCGAUCGGGCAUCUCAUUGCGGUGGGCACGUGGGGACCCCUGUCCCGGAGGAGCGUCCGGCGCCGUCGACAUUCCACUAGCCACACGUCAUUAUAGCCGGAGCCCGAGUCCGAUUCCGAGCCUGCCAAGGCUGUGGGACCCUCCGUGCCUCCCUUAGCCCUCUAUCAUUAAUACGGUUUGCCUUUGCUCGCCCGGGGGCA